UAUUUAUCGUUUAAAUAUCUUAGCUUUUUGAAUCACUAAAAAAUCAAGUUAGUUUGUUUCUGAUCAAAGCUAGGAGCGGUGCAGUGCGAGGAGUAAAAUGUAUCAAAGGGCACUAGUGAUAGGCAGUAUAGCUAGUGUAUCGUUCGGCAAUGGCUUCAUCCUGGGUCAGGUGGCCAGCCUGGUUCAGUCUCUCCGGAGACGCGAGGAGGGCAUCCAACUGACUGACGGGCAGAUCUCCAUCAUUGCGGGUUCCCUCAUGAUCUUCAACAUACUUGGGAUGGCGCUGGCGGCUGUGGUCUCCGACAAGGUUGGCAGGAAGUGGUCUUUCACCAUCUUCUCCGUGCCUAUGAUGGCUAACUACAUAGUGGCAUACUUCGCGUGGGACAUGCCCUCACUCAUGCUGUCCAGACUUCUAGCCGGUAUCGCCACAGGUGCACUCUUCGCUCUAAAAUUAUGUGUAACAUCAGAAUACGUAGGCCCUAAAACCAGAGCAAUGUUCCUCAACAUGAUAUCCACAUUAGCGCCAUCUAUCGGCAGUGCUGCAGCUCACGCUCUAGGAAUUGUAUUUCACUGGAGAACAGUCGUUCUGUUUGGAAUAUUGACGACAAUUUCUGGAAUAAUCCUACCAUUUUUCUGGGAAGAAAGCCCCCAUUGGUUAGCCUCUAAAGGAAAGUUUGAAGAAUGCGAACAGGCCUUCAGGAAGCUACAUGGAAGUACACCCAAUACUGAAGCAGAACUUAGUUUGCUGCUCACAGUCGAAAAAUCAAAGUUAGAAAAAGCGAAAAAAACGAAUUCGAUGGGAACCCUCAAAAAACUAAUGAUUGCUUGUAAAAAGAAAUAUUUCUGGGAUUUGAUGCUGCUUGGAGUCUUUAUAUCUGCUUUCAUAGCAUCAGCUGGAAAGUUAGCAUUUAGUACUCUCGCUGUUACCAUUAUACAAGAAAUGACAGGUUCACGUGAUAAUAUAUUUGGUUUUACAAUGGUCGUUGAUAUUUGUGUUAUAUUAGGAGCGGCUGCAUCGUGUUUAUUAAUCAAAAAGUUAUCAAUGCGAAGCAUGUUAUUCACCACGGGUAUUAUUGGCAUCAUAGUUUUAGUUAGUCUAAGCGCGUGUUUGUAUUUUAAAACUAAUUCAGUCUAUUUUCAAUGGGCUAACGUUUCGUUGCUCAGUUUCUAUUUCUUCAUCGUUAAAUCCGGACCGUAUCCUAUAUUAGAAGCUUUAUUGGGUGAAAUUUAUCCUAUAGAGUUGAAAGUACAUUUCUUUUUCUUUUCCGGGAUUAUUUUGAUGAGUUCAUUGGCUUUAACUGUACUUUUGUUACAAGUGAUGGUGGGUGCAAUGGGUUACCAUGGGUUAUUUUUAACUAAUGCUAGUAUAAUGGGCUUGAGUUUAAGUUACAUUUGGCUUAGGUUACCAGAAACUAAGGGGCGCACGCUACAAGAAAUAGAAAUCUAUUUCAAAACUAAAAACUUCCAUGAAAUCGAUGCAGUUUUGAGCAAUGAACAAGUUAAAGCUUUAAUUUAAUGUAUUUUGCUCUGUUGAUUUAGUUGAAUUUAAAUACUUAGGUACUGAGUAUGCGCAAAAGAACAUUAUUUAAUAUCCUUCGUAACUCACAAUAUCUAUGAAAAAACAAAAAUUGAUUUUUGUUAAACCUAUUUGAUUUUUGUGGUGUAUUUAUUCAAUUACUAUUUAAAUAUGUAGUAAAAUGGUGCUAUUUAUAAUAUGUUCCCUAGCUUAUGCUGGUGCUCUUUUCACCCGCCUUUUUUUGCUACCUUAGGGUUUAUACAAAUAAAAAGUGUAGGUACAAUGGUAUGUAUACUUUGAAUAAAUGAUUUGACUUUAUGCCAGUAAAGAAUAAGUCUGUUGCAUGCCAACAGUUCUCAUCCAUUACCUACCUCAACACACUGUAAUUUAAAAUUCAAUUGCUA